AAAGUGUUUCCGUAUUUGGAUUGUCUGCAGUUAGAAUUUGGAUCGCACGGUGUCAGUGUAAUAGAAAAACGAAGCAUUUCACAAUGUUGUCGUCAGAGCAUUUUGGUCCCGCCUCUUUGUUGAGUCCUCAACUCGAUAUUAUCGCAGUGAUUUCGGAUGUUACUGUUGCCUUUGGAAAUACAAAACUAUCCUCGUGUCUGUCGUUGUAAGGAGAGGAUGGAUAUUUUGAUGAAUGGACGAAUGGGAUUUUAACAUUAUAACGCAGUUAUUUGUUUGUGUGACGGAUUACGGAUGGCAUCGGGUUUAAACAUGGAACAAAGGGGAUACGAGAGACGAAGGGCGAGAGGAUAUUUGGUUGGCUGCGUGCUUGCUGUGCUUUUGUGGAGAGUGGCCUCAGCACAAAUAAGAUAUUCCGUCUCUGAAGAAGUAAACGAAGGAACUGUGGUAGGGAAUGUCGCAAAGGAUCUGGGAUUAGAUAAAAGCACGUUGAAAGACAGAAAGUAUCGGAUUGUUUCAAGCAAUGCGGAUCCCCUUUUCCAUGUAAAUCAGAAUGACGGCAUCCUGUAUGUGAGCCGGAAAAUUGACAGAGAAGAGGUGUGCGCACAGAGCAGUACAUGUUUAAUAAAUCUGAAAACAGUGCUAGAAAACCCACUGGAGGUGCACUACGUAAGAGUGGAAGUGCUGGAUAUAAAUGACCAUUCUCCCACUUUCGCAGAUGAAGAGCAAAUAUUGGAGAUUUCCGAGUCUGUGUUACCUGGAGUACGUUUUCCGCUACAACACGCACGAGAUCCAGACGGUGGUCCCUUUUCAGUUCAGCAGUAUAAACUCAGCCCCAAUGACUACUUUCGUUUGGAGGUCAAGGAUAAAGGAGAAGACGGAAAAAUACCUAUAUUAGUUGUUCAGAAAUCUUUGGACAGGGAGGCAGCAGGAAGCCACUCAUUAGUCCUUACCGCACUAGAUGGAGGUAAACCUCCGAAAUCUGGAGACAUUAAUAUUAUAGUAAAUGUUUUAGAUAUUAAUGAUAACGCGCCUGUUUUUACUACAGACGUUUAUUCUGUGAUGCUCGAUGAAAAUGCUCCAGUUGGGACAACUGUCAUACAAGUCAAUGCAACAGAUUCAGAUGAAGGACCAAACGGAGAAGUAGUUUACUCAUUUAGCAGUAUUGUAAAUCGUAGAUUAUUAAACCUUUUUGAUAUAGAUCCAUCGACAGGUAAAAUGACUGUCAAAGGUUUAAUAGAUUAUGAGGAGAAAGACAGAUAUGAAAUUGAAAUUCAAGCAUCAGAUAAAGGUCUGGCUCCUCUUACAUCACAAAAAAGUGUUAUUAUCAAGAUAGUUGACGUGAAUGAUAAUCCACCUGAGAUCGAAGUUACCUCAUUUUCAAACUCCAUCCCUGAAGAUUCCAGACCUGGAACUACAGUUGCCCUCAUCAGUGUGAAUGACUUAGACUCUGGUCUC